GGUGGUUCAUUUUUCCACCAUAAAUACUCUUUCUAUCUGCUAGGCAUUUUGUUCUCAUAGGAGUGGCAAAUAUGGUGUCUUUAAGGCCAUGCCUUCUUUUCAUUCUUCUCUGUAUUGCCAUGAUUAAUCUUGCGCAUUCCAAUAAUGAUCGGAAGGCCUACAUUGUCUACAUGGGUGAUCAUCCCAAGGGCAUGGACUCCACUUCCAUACCUUCUCUUCAUACGGUCAUGGCUCAAGAAGUCCUUGGCGGCGAUUAUAAACCAGAAGCUGUACUUCACAGCUACAAGAACUUUAAUGCAUUCGUCAUGAAGUUAACUGAAGAGGAGGCAGAAAGAAUGGCAGAAAUGGACAACGUUUUCUCUGUUUUCCCAAACACCAAGUACCAUCUUCACACAACAAGAUCGUGGGACUUCAUAGGCUUUCCCCAGAAUGUUAAUAGAGCAACUACAGAGAGUGACAUAAUUGUCGGAGUACUUGACACAGGAAUUUGGCCGGAGUCUGAGAGCUUCAGUGACAGGGGAUUUGGUCCUCCACCAAGCAAAUGGAAAGGAUCAUGUCAUAACUUUACCUGCAACAACAAAAUAAUUGGCGCGAAGUACUAUAAUAUUUUACAAAACUUUACCGAAGAUGAUAUGAUAUCUCCUAGAGAUACAAAUGGUCAUGGAUCACACUGUGCAUCCACAGUUGCUGGAAACUCAGUUAACUCUGUAAGUCUAUUUGGCUUGGCCUCAGGGACAUCCCGUGGAGGAGUUCCAUCUGCCAGAAUUGCUGUGUACAAAAUAUGUUGGAACAAAGGUUGUCAAGUAAUCGACAUGCUUGCAGCAUUUGAUGAAGCUAUUGAUGAUGGCGUUGACAUCAUUUCUGCUUCACUCGCGAUCGUGUCACCUGGUAUACAGCACUUUCCGUAUUUCAAAUCAGCAUUCGAUGUAGCAAGUUUCUAUGCAAUGAGAAAAGGUAUCUUAACGUCACAAGCUGCGGGUAAUUCGGGUCCGUCUCUUUACACCAUGUCAUAUCAUGCACCAUGGUUACUUUCUGUGGCUGCUACCACUUUUGACAGAAAGAUUGUUACCAAGGUGCAGUUGGGCAAUGGGGUUGUUUAUGAGGGGGUUUCGAUUAACACAUUUGAUCUUGAGAAAAAAUUGUAUCCACUGAUUUACGCUGGAGAUGUACCUAACAUUGCUGGUGGACAUAACAGCUCAACAUCCAGGUAUUGCAUAGAAGACUCUCUGGAUGCAGAUUCAGUGAAGGGAAAGAUUGUUCUGUGUGAAAGAAUUCAUCGGACUGAAAACGUGGGGUUUUUGUCUGGGGCAGCUGGUGUUAUAUUUGGACUGAUUUACCCUCAAGAUUUGCCCGCAGCAUAUGCCCUGCCUGAGUUGCUGAUUACUCAGUGGGAUCAAAGACUCAUACAUUCAUACAUAACUUCAACCAGAAAUGCAACCGCUACAAUAUUUAAGAGCGAAGAAAUAAACGACGGGCUAAUCCCUUUCGUACCUUCAUUCUCAUCAAGAGGUCCAAAUCCAAUAACUGUAAAUACUCUAAAGCCUGAUAUCACUGCCCCGGGAGUUGAAGUUAUAGCUGCAUGGUCUCCACUCAACCCACUUUCAAGUGUCAAAGGUGACAAAAGAACUAUACAGUAUAAUGUAAUCUCUGGCACUUCAAUGGCCUGUCCUCAUGUUACUGCAGCAGCUGUAUAUAUAAAAUCAUUUUACCCCAACUGGACUCCUGCUAUGAUCAAGUCUGCGUUGAUGACCACAGCUACUCCAAUGAGUCCUACCCUUAAUCCUGAAGCUGAAUUUGCAUAUGGAGCGGGGCUAAUUAAUCCUGUUAAGGCCGUUAAUCCUGGUUUAGUAUAUGAUAUUAGCGAAGCAGAUUAUAUAAAGUUCUUGUGUGGAGAGGGUUAUACAGAUAAAGAACUUGAAGUAUUCAGUCUUAAUCAUAGUAGUUGCAAAGGACAAGAUAACAAGAGAGCGGUAUAUGAACUAAAUCUCCCAUCGUUUGCUCUUUUUGUAAACGGCUCAGAUUUUACUCGUGCUUACCCUAGAACGGUUACAAAUGUGGGAUCAGUAACAUCUACUUAUAAAGCCAAAGUAAUUGCUCCAUCUUUGUUAAAUAUUCAAGUGAAACCCAGCACUCUUUCCUUCACUUCUAUAGGGCAGAAAAAGUCAUUUUGCGUCACAAUUGAAGGGAUAACUAAUGUAGAAAUAGUCUCUGCUUCUUUGAUUUGGGAUGAUGGCAGUCAUCAAGUUAAAAGUCCAAUUGUAGUGUACGGGGUGUUACCAAAUAGUUGAUUGAUAUAUCAAGUGCGUUAAACAAGAUAUAUAAAAUAAAUGAAAAUGAAAGUUGAGUGAUGUUUGUAAGUCUACGAAGAAAUGAAUGCAGAUAAGCUCAUACCAUGACCCUUUUUAAUUUCUCUUAUGAAUAAUAAUAUUAUUAAAUUUGAUUGGUGCA